AUGCUAGCCAUGCGGCUAGAACGCGAAAUGACGGUCCGUCAGGCCAUACGCUUCUGGCCCAAGGCAAUCUUCUUCUCUUUCAUCGUGUCUCUCGCCAUUAUUAUGGAGGGCUACGAUACAAACUUAAUGUCCAACUUCUACCCCUACCCUUCUUUCCAGGAACGCUUUGGUGACGAGAUUGACAAGAAUGGCGACCCAAUAAUCAGCGCCCAAUGGCAGACCAUCAUCAGCAAUUCGGGACAGGCUGGGUCUAUUCUAGGUCUCAUUGUCAACGGGUGGGUCACCGAGCGCAUCGGCUAUCGCUGGACGAUGCAGGGUGCCAUGGUCCUCAUGAUUGGGGCCAUCUUUAUCCCCUUCUUCUCCACUGGCCUCCCCAUGUUCGUGGCAGCAGCCGUAUGCCAGUCAAUCCCGUGGGGAGUUUUUCAAACUCUUGCUGUUACAUAUGCUGCAGAUAUCUGUCCUCUGACUCUCCGGCACUACAUGACGUCUUGGAUCAACAUUUGCUGGGCCAUCGGCCAGCUCAUCUCCAUUGGCAUUCUGAACGGGCUUCUAUCUCGUACUGACGAGUGGUCGUAUCGAAUUCCAUUCGCUCUGCAAUGGAUCUGGCCGAUCCCCAUCAUGAUUGGGACUUACCUCGCCCCCGAAAGCCCUUGGUGGCUGGUCAGACACGGCCGAUAUCAAGACGCAAAGCAAGCUGUCGAGAAGAUGAUUACACGUCAGCCAGAUAUCAACUUCGAUGUUGACGCGUACGUGGAGAUGAUGUGUGUCACAACCCAGUUCGAACGAGAGAAGAGCGCAGGGGCACGGUACUUUGACUGCUUCCGCGGUACCAACUUACGCCGUACUGAGAUUGCCUGCAUGGCUUGGCUCACCCAGGCGUUUGCCGGCACCCCCUUUAUGGGUUUCGGAGUCCAAUUUAUGAUAGAGGCCGGGCUGUCGAGCCGCCAUGGUUUCGCCAUGAACCUUGCCCAAACCGGCUUGGGCCUCAUCGGAUGCAUGGUCGCCAUGUGGGUUCUGACACGAUUCGGACGCCGAACAAUCUACCUGGCCGGUCUCAGCUUUGCCGUUGUUGACCUGGUGAUUAUCGGGUCACUCGGAAUCCCAAAAGCGUCUUCAGGUACGUCUUGGGCUGUUGGCGCUCUCAUGGUGGCCAUGGUGGUGUUCUACCAGAUCACCAUCGGCCCAGCCUGCUUCACAAUCGUAGCCGAGAUGCCUUCCACCCAGCUCCGCUCCAAGACAGUCGCGUUUGCGCGCGCCUGCUACAACGCGGGAGGGUUCAUCACCAACGUUCUCAUGCCACGAAUGAUUGGCCGGAACGCCUGGAACUGGGGCGCAAAGGGUGGCUAUUUUUGGGCGGGGGUUGCUGGCCUGUUCCUUGCUUGGACAUAUUUCCGGCUGCCUGAAGCCCGCGGGUUGACGUACUCGGAGCUUGAUCUCUUGUUCGAACACAAGACUAGAACCCGGGGCUUCUCGCAGGAGGCAGCCGACUUGUUGAAGCCAGAUCUGGAGGAGAGCUCGGGCAAGACUGUUGAGUAA